AUGAGCUCCUUCACUUCACGCCGUCGUCGCCGUCGUCGUCGUCGUCGUAGUUCCGAAUUUUCCUUUCUGGCCGCUUUGGGCACGGCAAGGGGACCGACCACCCCACCCCACCCCACUCCACCCCAAGACCUUCGAUCACAUCCUCGUAACGACGCUCUCGUUCUUGCUCCUCUCCGCCGCAGCGCACCCGCUGCGCCGUACCGGCUGGCGCGUCAACUCAAACCUCGGAGCCGAGCCGGAACGAGCGUGAAGGAGAGAGAGAGAGAGAGAGAGAGAAACGAAGCAAGGCGAGGUGUGCGAGAGAAGGGAGGAGCUGAGAAUUGCGUGACUGGAGGUGCGGGGCGGGGGCAUAAUCAGCGACGGGAGGGGCGAUCGGUGGAUGCGUAUUGCGGGGUGGGGGCGAGGGAGAGGGAGAGGGAGGGGGAGGAUCGGGGCGGGGGGAGCGAAUCGUGGCGGGGAGCGAGGCGUGCAGCAGCGCAGAGGCGCUGUUGUUUCGUCGAGGAGCGAGCGAGGAGGGGGAGGGAUUCAGGGGGCGAGUGGGGCGGCCGGGCCUGGCCGGGCCUGGCCUCUUGGCUGCACUGCACUGCACUUCACUGCACUCAGCUGAGCAGUGCGGAAUAG